AUGGCAUCAGACCCGCACCAAGGAGGCCGUCUUGAGGACAUGGCCGCAAAGGGCACUUCGAUUCCUGGUGACGCUGGAAAGAUGAACGUGGUCUCACCUUCUUCUCACCCAGAUCAGACCCAUACAAACAUCGCACACGCAGCGGACAAUGCGUUCGACAUCCCACGCAGUGUCAACGACCGCGGACAGACAGGCGAGGUCAUGACCGGCACUGGUGACCAGUUGCCAUCAAGUGUGGAAAAGAAGAACCUAGACGACGCAAACUUUGACCCUAGAGCAAAGGGUCACGACCAAUAUGCGAAGCACGCCCGACAGGACAAUCCCAUGGAUAGCUUGAAGCAUGGUGCUGGCGACCAUAAUGUAGAGGCUGCACCGGGUGAAGAGGAAGAGAGUCAGGAUGCGCUUCUGAACAAGAGAGGCGCGCACACGAUGGUGUACUAUUUCUCUUCCAACACUGUGUCCCCAUCUGCCUUCAUCUACGUGGGCAAGGACAAGGUUGAGAAUGAAGAGCUUAUCAAAUACGGCUGGGAUGAGGAUGUCUGGUUCCACGCAGACAACCUGUCAUCAGCACAUAUCUACGUCCGAUUACCCGAGGGCGAAGAUUGGGAGAAGAUGACUAAAGAGCUGCUGGUGGACUGCGCCCAACUGACCAAGGCCAACAGUAUUGAGGGUAACAAGAAAGAUAACGUCACGAUUGUAUAUACGCCUUGGAGCAACCUGAAGAAGGAUGGCAGCAUGGCUGUAGGCCAGGUUGGGUUCAAGGAUCAGCGAAAGGUUAAGCGCAUACACGUGGAGCAGCGAGAGAAUCCUAUUGUCAACCGUCUUAACAAGACCAAAGUUGAAAAAUUCCCCGAUCUGAGAGAAGAGCGAGAAGCAAGGCGGGCUGAGUUGAGGAAACGAGACCAGGGUGCUCUGCAGGCCAAGCGUAAGGAGGAGGCCCGUAUAGCCAAGGAGCGCAAGGAGCUCGCAUGGCGGAGAGAUCAUGCCUACGACGAUGUCAUGACAGAGGAGAAUCUGGAGGAGAACACCAACGAGAACCGCGAUGAAAACUUCCUCGAUGACUUCAUGUAA